CCCGGACGGAAGUCUGCCAACAACAAUGCGAUCCUCGAAGCUGCUUUCAUCGAAAUCAAGCAAUCAUUCCUUGAGCUCUCUCGGUCAACAUCAAUUCCAGUGCAGCAAGUCAUCAACUGGUUCUUGAAAAGUCGAGGUCGGACGACAGUCAGCACUAACUUCUGGAACAUAUAUGCUCGCAGUUACUUCAAGGAUCACACAGAGCAAGAACUUGCACGUGUUGGGUAUAAGGUUCCUGCAGACGGAGGCUCUCCGGGUAUGUCGAUUCGGACAAAAUGUUAUGACCUCUUCAAAGAGGCCUUUCCAGACACAUACAAAGACAUUCUGUCUGUCCACGAUGAAGUGAAAAUGCUAUCUGCUUCCCCUCAAACUGUCUCUCAACGCGCACAAGAGUUUCAAAAAUACUAUCGAAGGAUG